AUGGAAAAGGUUUUCAAUGCUCUGAGAUGCCCUGAUGAGGAUAGGGUUACUUUUGCUACAUUUAUGCUGCUGGAAGAAGCGGAUAUUUGGUGGAAUGUGAAAAGAGAAAAGAUGGGACAGAAUGCUGCAUCUUUGACUUGGGAAGGAUUUAAGGAGCUUUUCCGUGACAAGUAUAUUCCCCAAAGCGUGGAGAAUGAAAGAGAACGAGCUGAGAAGUUUGAAAGUGAACUUAGAGCCCGAAUCAGACAACAGGUGUCUACCUUCGAGCUUUCUUCCUAUAAGGAUGUGGUUAACAAAGCUGUGGUAGUUGAAAGGGGCUUAAAUGACACUCAAGAAGAGAGGGAAAGAAUUUGGAAAAAAAGGAACAGACAAGCUGAGCUACAAAAUAAGCAUGGCAGAAAUACUGAAUCCAAGCCCAAGAAACAAACUACUGUGAAUGAUAAAACUCAGCACAAGGAUACUGGCCAUAGGGCAGACACUUGUCCUAAUCGCAGAGAGCAACAAACUUGA